AUGGACUUGGAGAGUUUAGCCAAGUACUUCAACGACUCAUGUGAUAGGGUUAAAGAGCAGAAGGCUAAGGCCGCAGCGAAGAAGAACGAACCAAUGGCAGGUGCGGUCAAUGUCGCGUCUGAACAAGAAAGCGGAGGUCUGUAUGGACGCUUUGUUAUAGCCGACACGCAGGUGACGUGUCUAGUUGAUCCUGGUGCUGACAAGAACAUCAUCAGUUGGCAACAACUACAAACACUACCGUUGGAGUACCGAUGCUUAUGGCGGCCGAAUGAAGAUGGUGAGAUGAUGCUGAACUUUAUACAAGGCUCAUGCGAAGUGGUUGGAACCAUUAAUCUACCUGUGAUUUCACCUUUGGGAAAUGUUGAGAUGGAGUUCUGCAUUGUGAAGGACGCUAGGCUGAACAUCCUUGGUAACCCGUGGAUGCGAACGUUGAGCGCUGCUAUUUGUUUCAAGAAUGACGAAGUCCGAAAUGAAAUUGGUCAACUACCGUUGUUUACGGGCGAGAUGGUUACAUAUGCAGAUGUCUUUAGCACUACACAAAGUAUUGUCGAUGUCAACAUUCUGUCGGACCUAAAACAGAAUCUGGGUGAAACUCUCAGCGACGCCACCAAGUCACGGAUAGUUGACAUUCUUGAGAAAUACUCCGAAGCAUGGAAGAAGACAAGAGUCGCGUGCUCAAAGAACUUUGUUUACCGUAUCGACACUGGUGAGGCUACUCCCAUAGUUGAGCCUCAUCGACAUUUCGCUCCGAAGACAUUAGAAGAACUGAAGCGUUUGACACGUGAGCUACUUGAGGCUGGGGCUAUUCGAAGAUCUACUUCGAAUUGGCUUUCACAACCAGUCAUAGUUGCAAAGAAAGAUGGUUCGAGUCGACUAUGUGUAGACUUUCGAUCAUUGAAUGCGGUUACGAAAUCAGACCCAUUUAAUGCUCCUGACGCUGCUGCCAUAAUCCGUCAACUCGGACACUCAAAAUUGUUCGUAGUGAUGGACCUGAAGAACUCCUUUAAUCAGAUGAAAAUUCAUCCUGAUGACAGGCACAAGACAGCUUUCUGGACUCCACUAGGUCAGAUGGAAUGGCAUGGAGUACCAUUUGGACUGUUGAAUGGAACGUCUGCCCUAGCACGAUGGCUCUACCUAAAC